AUUUCUUGCUCUUACUCACUAAAAUCGCCAUGUUCACUACUCUGACUGCCGCACGCCGUUUGCCCACACUCGCAGGUGCUUCUCGCCGGUUUGCAUCCAGUGUGAAGGAGGGCAGUGUUGCUCAAUCCCAGGGAUUCAGCAAAAAAGAGAAGGCUCAUGAGGACGAAUAUGCCCGCAGGCACGAAGCUGAGCUCUUGAGCAAGCUGAAGAAAGAGAUUGAAGCUAAGAAACAGGAGCUCGCUGAACUCGAAGAGAAGCACGCAGAGGAGGCCGCGAAGACGAAAUAAGCAGUUGACUACUCAUAGUGUUCAAAGUUGCCUAGUCGGGGUUUGCUUAUCUGUAAACGUUUUCUG